UCUGUUAUGUUGACUGCUGAAUACUUGGUGCCUAGAACAGAGUCCCACUCACUACUCUGAGUCAUAGAAAAGGCAACUGGGGUGCAGGGAGACUGGCAGAUUUAUCUAAGAUUGCGCAGAGGGCUCCCAAGAGAGCUAGGAUAGGAACCCAGAAAUCCUGGGCAGCCGGCACUCAGAAUUAAAAUCAAGGUCCAGCCCUAAAGUUUGGUGAUUCGGGAAAGAGCACAGAUAUUCAGGGAUCCUGGGGUCAACAUUCCCACCGGAUGGCCUAACUGCCGGUCCCUGUUUUGGUGCUGAGUAGCCCGAGGGAGGAGUAGGUGCCUAAAUGAGAAGUCGCGGGUGGGUGGGUCACCGGGCGCAGCACUGACACCCACUUGCAAGGCUUCGCGCUGGUUGCGGGCCAGCGCACGGCAGUUGCAGUCGCCGGGCCACCCCGGCUGGGACCCACUGCAGGGAGCGUCCAGUGGAAAACAACCUGCCUCCAGUUGGACAAUUAACAAAGGCGAGAGCCGGGGCCGCGCCCUCUCGGCGCACGCACAUACGCAGCGUGGGCAGAGCCGCGCCCGCCCGCGCCCUCCCUAGGAACAGCGCGCGCAGGCCACAGCGCGGCGUGGGGCCCGGAGACCGGCGCCUUUCCUUCCCUGGCUGCGCAAUCGCCGGGGCGGUCGAGCUCCUUCCGGCAGCUGGCACCCUGCGCGAGCGAACCUGCUGACAUGACUGAUCAUGGGGAUGAUGAGCUGUCCUCUAGGACAGGGAGUCCAGACGAGGAAGGUCGGGUCCCUGAGGAGAGAUCCUUGCUGCAUCAGAGUCUGGCCGUCAGGGAACUCAUCGACACCGAGGUCUCCUACUUACACGUGCUCCAGCUCUGUGCCUCGGACAUUAGGAGCCACCUGCAGCAGCUGCCGCAGGGAGAUCUGGAUGUCCUGUUCUCAAACAUCGAUGAUAUCAUCAAGGUGAACAGCAAAUUGCUUCAUGACCUGCAGGAGACAGCCGCCAGGGAAGAGGAACAAGUGCAGCUGAUUGGCAACUUAUUCCUGGAAUUCCAAGAGGAGUUGGAGCAAGUCUAUAAAGUGUACUGUGCCAGCUAUGAACAGGCCUUGCUGCUGGUGGAGGCCUACCGGAUGGAGCCACGGCUGCAGCGGGAGAUCCAGGACACCAUUGAGGCAGUGCUGCCUCAAGCUGGAUCCUCAGGCCUCAGUUUCUUGCUGGUAAUUCCUUUGCAGAGGAUUACCAAAUACCCAUUGCUGCUGCAGAAAAUUCUGGAGAACACACUCCCUGAUGCCAGUGCCUACCCUGUCCUUCAGAGGGCUACCUCUGCCCUCCAGGACGUGGUCACCAACAUCAAUGAGUACAAGAGGCGCAAAGAAGUGGCCUCCAAGUACACCAAGGUGGAGCAUCUGAGCCUCCGGGAGCGACUGGCCCGCAUCAGUAUGCACACCCUUUCCAAGAAGACCACCCGGCUGGGCCAGCUGCUGAAGCAGGAGGCGGGGCUCGUACCCAAGACAGAAGACAAGGAAUUUGAUGACUUAGAAGAGAGUUUCCAUUGGGUGUCGCUGUGUGUGACUGAGCUGAAGAACAAUGUGGCUGCGUACCUGGAUAAUUUGGAGGCUUUCCUCCGCUUCCGGCCCCAGGAAUACGAUCUGGACAUCCCUGGGGGGCCUGUGGUGCAGUACUGUUACCUGGCAAGAGACCUGCAGCUCCAGGCCUUCCCUGAGUUUAUGGGCGCAUUGAGGCCCAGAAAGGUUGGAUGUCGUGCUAGAGGUCACAGCUGGUCAGUGAGGGUGGGACUGGAGCCCAGUCCUGCCACAUCCAAAGCCCCUUCUCCCUGUGCCCCGCCCUCUGCCACCUCCUUCCUCAACUCCCAAGUUCACCUCUCCCCACAGAAGCAGCGGCUGGAAGCCCUGGUGUGGCAGCCAUUGUGCAGCCUGGCCAAAGCCUUGGCCGGCCCUCAGAAUCUGAUCAAGAAGCGUCUGGACAAACUACUGGACUUUGAGAGGGUGGAAGAGAAGCUGUUGGAGGUGGGCAGCAUGACCUAUGAGGAAGAGGCGGCCCGGCACAUGUACGAGGCACUCAACUCCCUGCUAGUGGCUGAGCUCCCACAGUUUAAGCAGCUGGCCAUGCGGUGGCUGGGCCAGAUCCUGUGCACAUUUGUGACCCUCCAGAGGGACCUUGCAAAGCAAGUGCUGCAGAGGGCAGAGGGCAGCUUGGCCCAGCUUCCCCACCACCACAUCUCUGAUCCAGCCUUCAGGAAGCUGGUGGAGGAUGCACUGGGCCAGACCAGUCAUCAGCUUCACGCCUUUCAAGAGAACUUCGAGAAAGUGCUGCCACCUCCCACCACACAACCACUCCUUCCAGGGGCUGAACACCAGGUGCAGGCUCUCCUGAGCAGGUAUGGCCCAGGAAAGCUGUACCAGGUGACAAGCAACAUCAGCGGGUCUGGGACUCUGGACCUGACUUUGCCUCGGGGCCACGUCGUAGCCCUCCUUCAAGACAAGGACACCAAAGGCAACAGCAGCCGAUGGCUGGUGGACACUGGAGGACAUCGAGGGUACGUGCCAGCUGGGAAACUGGAGCUGUACCACGUGGUCCCCCGUGAGGAGGAGCUCAGAGGGCAGGCGAGGCCUCACAGGGACUCCCAACGUCAGACACCAGAGCCCACCUUGGCCUCUGUCCCUUCUGUCCUAGCAGUGACCCAGGUGGUGGCAGUGUACCCCUUUGUGGCCAGAAGCAGCCAUGAAGUGAGUCUGCAGGCAGGCCAGCAGGUGACUGUCCUGGAGGCCCAGGACAAGAAGGGGAACCCAGAAUGGAGCCUUGUGGAAGUGAACGGACAGAGGGGCUAUGUGCCUUCCAGCUUCCUGGCCAGGGCCCCAGGUCCAGCUCUGUGGGGCUGGAGUCUGCCCUCUUAGGGUGCCCUCCUUGGAGCCCAUGUUCCAAGAGGCUUAGAGGCUGUGACCCUGGGAGUUAGAAGCAAAGAGAAGGUGGGGGUGGAUAGGGAAAUCAGGCCAGGGUGGGGUGAAGGGCACCCAGAAGGCAGCCAGAAGAGGUAGGUGGGCCUUGCAGAGUGCCUGGCGUGGGUGAACAUGAAAGGCUCCAACCAGGACGGCUCAUUAUGUCUGCAUGAAGAGGGCGUUCCAACCUGAGUCACAACACCUGGGAUGGCAGGUCACAGCUGAUUGGCCAGGACUUGCUUAUGGCCAAUCUUACCUGUGCCCCGUCUGGUCCUGCCCAUGGGAGUGGGUCACCCAGGUGAGCUUUACCUGUGCGCUGUGUGCUUGCAUGGAGGCACACUGGAGAGUCCAGAACCGCCUGACCUGGCAGUUCACUUCCUUCCUGUGGUAUAAAGAGAUACAACAGCC